UUUGGUCAUGCAUGUUUUCUUCUGGCUCGCGAACAAAUCCGAAAUGGUCACUACAUGAGUGCUGUACGACUAGCCAAACGCAUCCUACGUUUGGCUAAAGCUACUUCAGAUCAUCGCCUCGAAAGAUCUGGUCUGCAACUGAUGGCAACAAUUUACGAAAAACAAAGAGAUACAAAGUCAGCCAAAGCCUUGCUGAAGAAGUUGCUAGAAGUUCCAGGAGCGACAGUACAGGAAUAUGUGACUGCUCUACUCCAACUGAGCUCCCUGGCACCACAUAAUGGUGAUGAUCCCGUGAAGUACCUCACUAAAGCUUUGGAUCAAGCUAGAACUUCUGGCAAUCUUGAUGCGAUAGUUCUGACGCAGUCGGCAAUGCUACGGCAUUAUAUGAGCCCCGAAGUGGAUAGCGACGAGCACUGCAUAACUGAACUUUUAUCUUCGCAGAAAGAACUGCUAAAAGAUAAUAUCAGUGUUGCGUCCAGAUCAAUAAUAUUUGAAGAUUUGGCUAUAUGUGAAGAAGGAGAGACCAGUGGCUCGAAUGAGCUGCGCGCAUUAGAGCAAAGUCUUACCGAGGUUACCAGAUUUUCUCUUUCUGACUAUUCAACCAACAUUGUCAAUAAGGCUAAUUUUUGA